AUGUUAAGUACAACAACAAAACAAAAACUAGAUGUAUCAUUUACUAGCAAAAUAUUAAUUUCGUUUUUACUCAUUAUACCUAUAGUUAGUCUAUACUAUUUUCUUAUAACAACUAAAACAUCAUCAUCAAUAUUCAAUGUUCUUGUUCCAUCAUUAGCACGAUCAUCAUCAUCGUCAUCAAGACAACUUAAUUGUAAUCAAUGUGAAUUAUCUAUGAAAGAAUCUGAUAAUUGGUUUUGUGAAUCAGACUCCGAUUGGAGGCGUCGAAAAAUACUUCAUCAUAUACAAAAUAAACGUAAUCGUAUGUCGGAUACGCGUCCACUCUUUUUUCAAAAUAAUUGGGAACCAACAAUACAAUGUGAAUUUGAACGACGUCUUGGUAAUAUUGGUGAUGGUGGAAAAUGGAUUUGUGAUAUACAUCGUUUUGGACCUAUGAAUACUACACAUAUACUUGUUUACUCACUAGGUUCGAAUGGUGAUUUUAGUUUUGAAAGUUCAAUUAAAGAACUAUUUCUAAAUGCAGAAAUUCAUACAUUUGAUAUGGAAUUAUUUAAAUGUCCUGAAAAUGUUUGUACAUUUCAUCAGGUUUUUUUGGGUAGUGAAGAAUAUGAUAGUUCAAAAUCUUUACAAAUGGUUAUGAAUGAACUUGGUCAUCAAAAGCGACAGAUUCAUAUACUUAAAGUUGAUAUUGAAGGUGGUGAAUUUAAUUUUUUUGAAGAACUAUUUCAAUCUUCGAAUGAGAAGCAAAGUGAUUUACCUUAUAUUCGUCAAAUUCUUUUUGAAAUUCAUCUUGCUCCUGGUGAAAAUGAAGCACCAUCUCAACGUACACAUGAAUUAUUCGAAUUAUUUCGCUCACAUAAUUAUGCAAUAUUUCAUAAGGAAGCAAAUUUAUAUGAUGCACAAAAUGUUUUUGAAUAUGCAAUGCUACGCUUAAAUCCAUCAUUCUUUCAAUCACCAUAA